AUGGAGUUCGUCCCCUUUCUUCCUCCAUCUACCAACCACGGAGGCAUCCUCAACCUGUCGCCCACUGCAACAAAAACCAUUUCCUCCAAAUCCCAACGGGAGGCUGCCUCUGCAGACAUCAUGUCUAUACUGCGAGACGCCUGUCUCUCGUCUAGCCUGAGCAGAGAGGAGAAGAUCUCCCUUCUGUCCGAGGUUACCAGCCAGAUAAGCGGCCUUAAAAGACAGCUAAAUUCUCCACAUCUCAAUAGCAAGUGUUAUACACAGCAGGCUGACGACGAGACACCACUGAACCUGACACAGGAAAAGCGCGAAAUCUUGGGGACCAAAAGACUGGAGACCACCCAAUGCCAUGGCCAGGACAGCACCACUCCCAGUCUUCCUUCUUCCCCUUUUAACGGCAGUCUCGUCGAUUCUGGCAAAGUCAGUUGCCUCCCGGCAAAAGCUGGUGGAGAUCUCAAACCUCAUUUCUCGGUUUGUUCCGGCCUGCCAAGAGUUUCAUGUGGAAUCCCAUUGCUCGAUGUCGGAGCAAGUAAUCCUUGCGAACUUCUGUUUAAGAUGAUUCAGGCGUGUCAAGAGAACGCCUCCAUUAGCACACACUGUGGUGACAAGCCACAACAAUCACCUGUCUCAGCUCCACCAUCAGCCACCUCGGCAGGGGAGGUCCCCAUUAUCCCACUCGGUCUCACCCAUGUCCCCCUUCGGGACCAGACCCCUCCUUCGACGCUUCCGUUACCACUAUUGGCAAUCAAGUCGGAGGAUUCCAAGUCGGAGCAACAACUCUUUGCGCAGUUAGGACUAGAUCCAGCCCUGAUUUCCUCCCUCCAGGGCGGACUCAAGGAAAUGGCAGUUGCACCCCUGACAUCAGCAAGUCGGCUGACCACUGGGGACCUUUUCUCACCAAACAAACUGUUCCCCAUUCCGUCACAAAGUAACGGAUUCCCGUUGAUGCACCAGUCACCAUCAUUACAGUCAUCACAGCAAGUGGAGUGUGAACAAAGGCCGAGUCCACGUGGUGGCUUCGGACAAUCAAGGAAAGUAAGUUCUUCAUGA